GACCCCUCAUGAGGAGAGGGGAGACGCGUGAGGUAAACAAAACAUUCCAGCAGGCGACGGUGGGCCCCUGGCAGCCACAACACCCACUAAUAACACGCUUGAAGCGUCAGCAGUAGCCGCCUGCACCCGUCACCAUCCAUAGGAGCGACAGAGAGGGUGAAAGAGCCCCAGGGAGGGUAAAGGAGACAGCAACAGCCCAGGUGGACGCCUCUGGUGAGAAACAAACCAAGACAGGUCGGGUGGUGGAGUAGGAGGAUGGAGGUGGCACUGGAGCUGUGGCCGGUGGCACCAGUGGCUUCUCACAUUUAAUAGAUCGUAAAGACACAAGGAAAUGUGAAAGGCAGCCCAGUAUUAUCUUCCCCACAACAAUGGGCAACUGUCUCUUACUUCUUGGCCUGAAGAAGGAGAAAAGGAGUGAAAUGGGGCUCCCUGAAUAUAAUUUGACAAGAUAACUUCCCCCUACUGAGUCACAUCUGCCUUAGGAGUCUUGCAUGCCCUUCCAAGGACCAGAGCUAGAACCUGACCCCCCUCACAGAGGCACAUGGAGCAGGGGAUUGUUAUGAUCACCCUCACCAAGAAAACAUACAGAAAGCCUGUCACGUUGCUGCUCGUGGGGCUAGAUAAUGCUGGGAAAACUACCGCUGCCAAGAGUAUUGUGGGAGAUCCAGUUGAGGAUGUGGCUCCAACUGUGGGGUUUGCUCCCGAGAAUCUGGAGUACAGAGGCUGUGAGAUUACUAUCUAUGACUUAGGAGGUGGAAACAAAAUCCGACCUGUAUGGGCUAAAUAUUUCUCAGAGGUACAUGGCGUAAUUUUUGUGGUAGACUCGAGUGACGCAGUGAGAGUACGGGAGUGUCGGGAUGUUCUAUUUAGCUUGCUGGCAGAUAAGAAGAUAUCAGGAAAGCCAGUCCUUGUACUAGCCAACAAGCAAGAUGUGGAUGGUGCCAUGGAUGAAAUAGACUUAGUAGAGUCUCUCAGUGUGGAGCAGGUUGUCAACAAAUACAAGUGCCCUACCAGAGUGGAAACUUGCUCAGCCAUCACUACACGCAAACAUAAACCAGACAAACCUAUAGCUGAUGGCUUCCGAUGGUUGAUAGAUACAAUUGUCGUCCAUUACAAAGAAAUUAACAAACGGGUUCAAAGUGAUCUGGAAAAGGAACGUGAGCAGUUGAAAAAGGAGAUGGAGGAAAGAAAGGAAAGAAUAAGAAGACUUAGAGCAGAAAGAGAUAGACAACAAGCAUUAAGAAGUGAGGCUAAAUCAAGAGAAAAUGUUGAGGCAGUAGUUGAAGAUGAUAGUGAUGACUCAGACAUAGCUACUGCUGGUGUUAGUCAUAACCCUGGAAGAAGUGGAAUUCCUAAUGGUACCUUACCUCAGUCAAGAAAGGUGGAAGUUCAUAAAGCAGAGAGAGAGCUGGUGAACAACUCAACAGAUGAACAAGAACUCAAGGAAUUGGGUUUUACCUCUCGAUCAGAACUUCAAGAAUCCACUUCCUCUUCCUCCUCACCACAGGAAUCUCCUGAUAGUACACCACCUGCAGCCAGUUCUCCGUUGAGAUUGCAGGCUCCUGCUUCCUUGGAUAAAGAAGAUUCACCUGUGCAUUGCUCUACAAAAUCUCAUCGGGUUAUUCUAGUCCAGGAGUCUCCCAAACACCUCACUGCUUCUACUCAGGAAUUGUCAGAAUCUAAUUCCUCUUCUACUGUUGUCAGAGAUGGGGACAGUGGGAUUCUUGAAUCUAAUAGUAAUAUUAUGGGAAAUGCAUAUAGUACUCCAAAGCUUGACCUCUCAAAUGAAGACAGAGUGGAUGAAUGUGUCCCAAUUGAUUCGGAUGAUGAAAUGUUUGAUAUUGGCUCAGUUUCUAGUCGAGCAAGAGAAAGCAUCAGUUCAUUCACUGUUCACACUUCAUCCAAUCCUUCAAUUAUGAGCUAUGUUAAAGCAGAACAAUUAGAAUUAGAAUCUACAAAUAAACCCUCAAAGAAGAAAUCAUUUUUGAGACGUUACCACAAGACUGCACCAUUAAUGCUAAAUGGAUCUGCUAGUGGAGCCAGUGACCAAGAAGUUAAUCAUAAUUCAAGAGUUCCUCCGCCACUAGCAUGACAUGGCUUGUAAACACUACUUUGUGUAAAGGUCAGCAAACUUCAUAGAGUUCUAAUGUCCUCUAUGGUAAUAGGAGACAAGGCAUCUUCUAAUGGUUGAUGAGGUAGUAAACAUUAAUUUUGGAUGACAUUGUAAGGUCUUCAAAUCAGUGUUAUAUCUGUUACAUGUCGUGCUGUAUAACCCAUCCUCCUGUUUAGAUAGUACAGUACCUAUUGUGACAAUUGUCAAUAGUCAUAAUUUGUACAUUCUAAGCCUUUAGAUAGUACUAUACUGACUAAUAAGGAAUUCUUUUAAAAUAAAUUAAGCUAAAACACAAACUUAAAUAUUCCUAGGCCUAGUAUAGCACACAUAUGUAUUAUAUUAGGCUUCAGAUAUCGUCUAUUGGGCGUAGGGAGGUUAGGAUAGGAUAGUUUAGUUUGUCAAAGCAACACAAGUAGAAAAUAGUUUUCCGGUUUGUCCAACUCAAUGGUUCAGAUUUCUAUGUUCUAAUUUCAUUGUACGUCGGUAUAUAUACUAUGGUCCUCAUCGUUACUAUAAGUACUACCAAAACAGGAGGAUGCGUUGUGCUCUUAAGUAAGUGUAAUUAAUGAGGUAGAUUUAAUUUAAUUUAUUUUAUUCUAUUUUAUUUAUAUAUUAUUUAAUUUUUACAAUGUAAAUAUACAGUAAUUCAAGAAGAUUACAAUUUUGCUUGGAAUGCAAACUUAAGGAAUUAUUUUAAAGUAACUAGGAUUAUAAGUAAAUUCUAUAAGUUAAAGGUACAAAGAGCUUCUGAAAAGUGACUUAAAUUGAUAGAUUAACCCCCUCCAGGUAACCCCCUCAACUCAUCAACAAUCAAAAAUUUGUUGAUUGUAAAUACUGUAUAUAAUUUCAUGUCUGUUGUCAGGUUGGACUGCGAAAAUAUAAAACCUGGAAAUUAAUUACAGGUAAAUUACAAGGAGAGUCUACCUCAUUUACCGAGGAGUAAAUCAUUAUGUUAAUAUUUAUAUCUGGUGAGUUGAAUCUUUGAAAAGCAGCUAAUAUAUGGUGUUAACACUAUCGCUCGCUUUGGACACCGAUCACGUCCAUUUUUUUUCUCUUGAGUCCUAGCCGUGGACAGGACUUGCGUCCACUACAAAAAUAUUUGUAUAAAAUUCAUUUUUUAUCCGAUCGACCUCGGGAUAGUUUCAAAAUAAGCGCCUGUAAAAUGUGCACAAUUUGAUACCAAAAUGAAAGAU